AUGGCCAAGAAAUUACUACUCUCCUCAAAGUCCUCUCCCACAAUCUUUUCUCCUCCGAUUCAACCUCUCCCAGAUCUGCGUGAGAGGUGGAUCGUUGCUCUUGAGCCACCACCGCCGCCAUUCUUAGAUCUGCUAGUAACAGUAACAACUUCCGUCGACGUUCCCAAGGAGACACUUUUGGGCCUUCGCGGCCUUGGUAUUUUGCGAACCUAUAUGUCGGCUCCCAUGGAAUCCGGCAAGCUUUCGAACUGCUUUGUCUUCAGCUCGAGACAAACUCCUUAA